UGUCUAUAUACCACUGUUAGACGGUAUAUUUUAAGUCAAAAGUAAAACAGUUCUUACUGUAUCAGGAUAUGCUUCUACUAAGAGCUUAGUUUGUUCAAAAAAGUCAUUAACGGUGGACAAAUAUACCAUCCUUUAUGCUGGCUGUUGGCAAAUUCACCUUUACCAGUAGCGAACCUGCGCUUGGUCUGCUUUUUGACCGUAAAUCAAAGUAAGCUAUGCAAAUUUAAAUAUAAAAGUAUUUAUAGAAAAGAGUUUUAAAAAAGAUUUAAGCAGGUCUCUGAAUUUUAGAGCUUUUGGGCUGUUCAGUUAAGACCCAGUAUAAUAUAUAUCGAUUGUAUACAAUUUCACCUGAAAUAUUUCAUUUGGAAAAAGAGUUAUUAUUAUCGUUCUUAACGAUAUCUGAAUAUCUAUUUAAUCUUCUGCUCACUUAAAAUGAGUACAAAGAAAAUGACACGAAAGCUUAGAAAGAAUCGUAAGAAGUUGAACCGGAAAUUGGAAAAGGGGACCCAAAAUAUAGAAAGUAUGUUAGCAAGUUGUUCAAAAAAUGAACCUGAAACGAAUAAGGAAAGACAAAGCUCUUAUUCCCGAACGGAUUUGGACUCAUUGAACAUUCUGGAGAAAGAACAAAAGCACAAGGAUUUAAGAAAGAAACAAAAAAAUUUUUUACCUGAGAUCGUGGUUAAACAACAGCGGCCCAUAUUAUGCUCAAAACAAACAACAGAAGAAUCCAAGCAUAAGAAUCGCAAAGAAAAUACUAUCACAGAUGAACUGAUUCUUCCAAUUCCAUCCUCCUCUCAAGAAGACACUGCAUUUGCUGAGAAUAAGCAAAUGGAUCUCAUUUCGACUAAUGAUUAUGAACUGCCAGGCAUAGUUAAAAACAGCGACCCCGCGGAUGGUUCGUAUAGUCAAGAGAAAAAGAGUUUUUUAAAAGGUUAUGAAAUCAAUAAGGAAGAUCAAUCGAUGAACUCUGCAGUUGACUCUACUCCUAUGAAAGAUUCGAAUGACCAGAGAACUUUGCCGGAGUUUGAUGAAAGAGAGGAGCAAGAAACUGAUUUCGACCUUUCAGAUACUGAAGUUAUAUCUCCGUCCAAAGGUAAACGACCUUCUCAGAAGUUAAUACUUUCAGACUCUGAAUCUGAUAAUUCCGACUCAUACUACUCAUCAACUGCGUCCCUACCAAGCAAUGGAUCAGGUUUAGUCUCAAAAAAAUCGAAAAGAAGGAAAUAUCUUCCUCGCUCUUCUGAGGAUGAAUCUGUUGAGUUUAAUCACUCAUCUCCGGAACGGUCUUCCAAUGAAAAAAAUUCAAAUGAAGAUGAAAGGGACCACUUGGACACGGAACUAAAGCAAGAAGUGGAGAAUUUAGAGCCUGUACAUGAUGAGAAAGAAGAUAAGCGUAAGCGUUUUAGAAACCCAGCUAAGAAGGCGUUUCAUGAAAAAUUGGCACUUAUCAGAAGAAAGCGUAGUCUUGGUGAUUCUAAUAUAGAGACCGAAGAAGACAUUUCAGAACCGGCGAGUGAAAAGGUGGAUACUAGCGAUGAUGAUUCUUCGAAUGAUGAGUCUUUUAUAGUAGAUGAAGAGGAAGACGAAGAAACGCUAGGUGCUCGUGCAUUACUUCCUCCAGAAUUUUCAAUGACAAGCCACCAGGGUCUCCGAGCUCAUUUUGCAAAUUUCCUUCGACAUCUCAUUAAGCAAAUACUGAAUCUUCAAAUAGAUAGAAGCAUAGAUGAACAUUUUCUUUUUAGUCGUAAAACGAUUCGAAGGCGACUUUUUUCCUCAGUGGAAUCCAAUGUGAUUUCUAGUAUCUGGAAACCAAAUUUCAUUAAUAUUCUUAAAAACCGCCCGAUAAUGACGAACAGGAGAUGCGAAGCUACAUAUGGGUGUGAUGCUUGUAAUAUACAUUCACGUUUAUCCACACAGCUUGUGCGCUUUAAAGGCCAUUUAUACAAUCGUGACACUUACAAGGUUUUAGAAAAUGAUCUAGAGUAUCAUGAAGAAUCCAAAAAAGAUUGGCUUCUUGGAAGUAGUUGUUACGAGAGAUCGCGACUUGCGCACAGAAUUUUCCAUUGGGAAUACGAGGUAAGCAAGGAGAUAACGACUCAGCUCUCACUUGCUGGUUAUUAUGAAGCGCGGGCGCUUUCAAUAGACCAAAUGUAUCAAUGUUUAGAGGAGAACAAUUAUCCGGAAUCUUCUUGGCAAGAGUACUGUAAACUCUUAAAAUUAGCUAGUUCAUCGUUAUUAAAUGACUGGCGCUCAAGUUAUCGAAAGCACGGUUAGUUGAUUCUAUCAGAUACAUCAAUUUGUCAAUUAAGAGAUUAUACUUUCUAUGGAACAUGGAGAUCAUAAAACUGCAAGAAAAGGAAGAUAAACGAAGGUUGUAUAUAAACUUACAACUUUUAAGAAAUUAGAUAUUAAAUACUCUAACCAUAGAUAUUGAUUUACCCAAAAUAAAACCCUAUUUACUUUCUAGCUUUUUGACGGCGAGCUUUUCCAGGGCGACUUUUAUUGCCCUUUAAGGCCUUUAAGCCUUUUCUGCCGAAUUCCGUAGCAGCAAGACUGUCAGCGUCAUUGCUCUUCGUACCACGUUUUCUACCUCCAAAACCGAAUUUUUCGUCUUUCUUUUGUCGUUUCAAGUUAGGCUGACGGUCGCCUUUUUUAUUAGCAGGAGCCUUGGCCUUGGCCUUUUCUUCUUUUUCGGCUUUCGCAAGUGUAACAUCAAAAUCAUCUUCGGUGGUCAAAUCAGAACCAGUAUGCUUGCGCUUAAGUAAAUUAAUCUUUUCCAAAGUUUCCCUCUUUGUACGCUGACGUUCUUCUUGCUUAGCAACUUGAACCUGUUUGCCGAAUUUUUUAAGCCCACGUUGUUUCUUGGCUUGUUCGGAGAGCUUCUUAGCGGUAGCUUCCUUAACUAAUUCUUGGCGGACCUUCUCCAUGUGGGCAUCCGAUUUCAGCAUUUCGGCAAAGUAAUCGGAAGGACGAGUUAUAGGAACCUUGUGCUUUUCCAAUUGAGCAAAGGCAGCUUUGGUACUCUCAACACCCUGCUUAUAGAAUGCAAGUUCUCUUGUAAGAUCAUCUUCUACGUCAGCAAUUACAAUAGGUUCCUUUGUAGUGACAGCCUGGUUUUCAACGAUAGAAAUGUCAUCAGGAUACUUGAGUUUUUCAUAAAUGCUUUCAAGAGCAAUUGUGUUAUUUAAAGCCAAUUUCCUCUUACGAACAAGAUCAGCGUCCUCUUCUAACUCGACACCUUCCAGGUCUGAAAGUUCAACUUCAUCCUCAUCCUCUUCCUCCUCGUCUUCGUCUUCAUCCUGAUCGUCUACUUUUGUUUCUUGUUGAUGUUGAGGUUUUUCUUUCUCUGGCAAUUUCUCCUGAACUCGAGUUUCACCUUGCUCUUCCGACUUUUCUUCAUUAUUGCUAGAAUUUUUUUGGGAAACAGAAUCUGAAUUUUCAUGUGAUUCUGCUGAAACAUCCGAGAUCGGUUCCUGCUUUUGCUCAGCAACUCCCUUCUUCUUUUGGGUAGCUUUCAUGCUCUUUUUUUGAGCUCUCCUUCCUUUAGCGUCAACUCCAGCCAUCCUUUCUUUCUAAUUGAAUUUUACAGAUAUGUAACAAAAAUGAGUCGUUUAGAAAGAAGCGAAUGAAAAAUUUCAAUGAAUCCGUUGGUCUCCAAAAUGCUGUUCUUAGCAAGUUUUGGAUUCUGCCUUUGCAGAGGAUAGGGUCUUGUUACACUCGCUUAAAAUGAUUUACCAAAGGGGAACGAGUGUUUUAAAAAAAGAUACAAUUGUGCUACCGCUGCGGUAAAGGAUGUUACAAACUUUAAGGAAGGAUUUUUUCAUUUGUAAAGUCGAAAACCCCUUCCCUAUGAAGCAAAGCACUUGGGAGCGAGAGUAUCGAGAAAACGCUUGCACCAUGGAUGGUAUCAUAUUCUCAUAGUAUCAUACUAUCAUACUAUCGUAGUCCUUCUUGAAUGAUAAUAACAAGG